CCGACGUAUACACUGACAUCCAAGUACUCACCGCGCCUUUGCCGUUUUCCAGAAACCGCUCAGCCUUCUGCAGUAGUAGACUGCUAGUCCUCUGCAUAUAUUAUGGCUCCGCCCGAAAUUCACUCCCUCGCGCAGACUCAGACCGCCAUUACCUGCCAUUCGUUCAAUGCUGACCGCUCCGAGGUGGCGGUGAGCCUGAGCUCAAACGAUGUGCAGAUCUUUGCUCGCCAAGGACAGGAGUGGAAGCAGACUGAGACGUUGUCUGAGCAUGACAAGAUCAUCACCUCUAUUGACUGGGCCCCGAACUCGAAUCGUAUCGUCACCGCCUCGCAGGAUAGGAAUGCCUACGUCUGGCAGCUGAGCCCCGACCCGCAGACAGGUCGGACGAUCUGGAAGCCCACGCUUGUGCUGCUGCGAAUCAAUCGCGCUGCCACGUACGUCAGAUGGAGCCCGAAUGAGGACAAGUUUGCAGUCGCGAGCGGCGCUCGUGCAAUCGCCAUCUGUUCCUUCGACCCCGAGGGCGACUGGUGGGUAUCCAGGCUGUUGAAGAAGCCGAUCAGGUCCACCGUGCUUUCUGUUGAUUGGCACCCCAAUAACGUGCUUCUCGCUGCUGGGAGUGCGGACAUGAAGGCGCGCGUCUUCUCCGCAUAUAUCAAAGAUGUGGACAAAAAGCCCGCGCCGUCUGUCUGGGGAGAGAAACUUCCAUUCAACACGAUCUGCGGAGAAUACACCAGCCCCGCAGGUGGUUGGGUCCAUGCAGUCGGGUUUUCACCCUCUGGAGAUGUUCUCGCCUUUGCAAGCCACGACAGCUCUAUCAGCAUCGUUUACCCUGGAGGGCCUGCGAUGUACACGAUCAAGCUCUCCAGUCUGCCUUUAUUGACCCUCACUUGGACGACUGAGAACGCGCUCGUUGCUGCCGGACAUGACUGCCAGCCUCUCGUCUUCUCCGGCAGCGAAGGCGGUUGGGAGCUCAUCGGGAGCCUUGAUGAUCCGCACGCGAACAAGAGCUCUGGAGGAGCGCGCUCUGGCUUCGGCGGGGCGUCUCCCAUGGGACGGCUCAACAGCGCUGCCUUCAACGCCUUCCGCAACGCCGACUCGCGCGGUAUUUCUAACGUGCCGGGCUCACCGACUGCCUCGUCGUCGGCUGAGUCCGAACUGUUCACGGUGCAUCAGAACACUAUCACUAGUGUGCGGCCGUACGAAGGCGCGCCGGGUAACAUCACGAAGGUCAGCACUUCUGGAGCGGAUGGGAGGCUUGUGGUGUGGGAUGUGAACCAGAUUACCCCUAUUGGGACGAUUGGUAUCACCGGGCGUAUGGCUGGCAUGCGUAUCUAGGAGAAUGUGGAUACGUGCUGUGCACAACUGUCAGCAAAUCAUAACGUGUACUAUAGUAUACAAUACAUUUCUGUCACCCUCGCCAUUACCAGGAUGAUAGUGGUCAAGACUUCGCCGAUAUCACCCUUUUGUGAUAUCAGCAGUAGCUUCAGCAAGCUCAGCAGAUCUUUCGCUGUCGACGGGUUGCUCGUUGAUAACUGCCCAAACCGAUGCUUUGAACAACGUCAAAACCAGGCCCAUCUUGACCUCCAACGCCCUCAAUCGUUCCAAUAGAG